AUGAGCAUGCUGCAUCCUGCAUGUGUGACAAUGUCCGUGCGUUUCAGGACGGGAGGCGGUGACGGCCGGCUGCCGCCGGGCUUCCGGUUCCGGCCGACAGACGAGGAGCUGCUCACGCACUACCUAGCACCGAAGGCGGCCGACGCCGGCUUCGCCCCCGCCGCGGUCCGCGAGGUCGACCUCUACAGGGCCGAGCCGUGGGACCUGCUGCCGGCCGGAGGAGGCGGCGGCGGCGGCUACUUCUUCUGCAGGAGGAGCGUCAAGUUCCCGUCCGGCCUCAGGACCAACCGGGCCACGCGGGCCGGGUACUGGAAGUCCACGGGGAAGGACAAGGUGGUGCUACGCCAGCACGGCGGCGGCGGCGGCGGCAUCGGCAUCGGCAGCGGCCACGGCGAACCGCUGGGGAUGAGGAAGACGCUCGUGUUCUACAGGGGCCGCGCGCCCACCGGGGAGAAGACUAACUGGGUGAUGCACGAGUACCGGCUGGUGCAAGGCCAUGGAUGCUACACGUCCCCUCUGCUUGCAGCAGGAACGCAAAGUGAGUGGGUGAUUUGCAGGAUGUUCAUGAGGAAGCCACCCGGCGAAACGAGCCUGCUGGAGGAGGAGACAGUUCUUCGCCCUCCUCCUCAUCUGAGGCCGUCAAUCGACAGUUGCAACGGCGGCGAGACACCGGCGGCGACGAACCACUUCCCCGGUGCUCUCGCAGUCGCGCCGGCCGAUCAUCAGCACGAGAGUGCAUGUCAGAGUGUGCUGCAGCUGAACCAUGAGGAGUUGCUGAUGAACUACUCGGUGUCGGACUAUGCAUCGGCGGCGGCGGCAUCAGCAGCAGAGAACUGCUACGACGAGCUGUGCUCAGGCUCCAUUGAUGAUCUGCUGCCACAGCUGCUCGACUACGAAGGCCUUCCCUUCCUUCAGGACUUCUGA